AUGAAAUUCAAAUGUUUUGGAUCAGAAGAGACUGAAGCCUCUUCAAAGAUUGAUCGUAUGAUUGAAACCGACAGAAGAAAGCUCAGAAAGUUUGUCAAACUAUUGUUGUUGGGUCCAGGAGAGUCUGGAAAGUCAACAAUCUUUAAGCAAAUGAAGAUCAUCCAAGAAGACGGUGGUUACACCAAAGAAGAAUUGCUCGAAUAUCGUGCAUUUGUAUAUUCAAAUUGUAUAAGUCAAAUGGAGGCAUUGUUAACAGCAUCAGCAAAAUUGGGUGUAGAUUUAGAUAAACCAGAAAAUAAGCAAAGAGCAACAAAUAUUUUACGUAGAACUAUUGGUAAUGAAUCAUGGUUACAAUUGGCAGACGAUAUUAAACAUCUAUGGGAUGAUAAAGGAAUCAAAGAUACAUAUGCACAAAAAGAUAAACAUUUCCAACUCAAUGAUUCAGCUUCCUAUUUCUUUGAAAAUAUUGAUAGAUAUAUGAAAGAUGAUUUCAUUCCAAAUGAACAAGAUGUUCUUCGAUGUCGUGUCAGAACCACUGGUAUCCAAGAGUCAGAGUUUACUUUUGAAAAGAUUCGUCUCAAGAUUGUCGAUGUCGGAGGUCAGAGAAGUCAACGUCGUAAGUGGAUCCAUUGCUUUGACUGCGUCACUGCCGUCAUUUUCGUGGCUGCCAUGUCCGACUAUGAUCAAGUACUCCGUGAAGAUGAGACUGUCAACCGUACCAGAGAGUCGUUGGCCUUGUUCAAGGAGAUUGUCAACUGCGACUACUUUAAAGAGACACCCAUCGUACUCUUCCUCAACAAGAAGGAUCUCUUCAAGGACAAGCUCAAGAGAGUCCCACUCCAAUCCUGCUUCCAAGAGUACACUGGUCCAAACAAGUACAAAGACGCUGCCAUGUUUAUCCAGUCCCAAUACCUCGCACAAGGUCCAUCCCCUCGUACCAUCUACACUCAUGCCACUUGUGCCGUCGAUACUGAAAACAUCAAGUUUGUCUUCAAGGCUGUCCGUCAAACUAUUCUCAGUCAAGCUCUUGAACACUUUUAA